UAGGGAAGACGACGACAUCCGAUCGAAACCGGCGUGUAAAGACCGCCUGGUGUUUGAAGAAGCGUGUCGCCUAUUGGCUGAUCAUGAUGCCGCUCCACCAUUCCAUGCACCUGAUUGGAUAAAUUAAAGGCGUGCUCAUCACAAUGGUCAAGUGGCUCGAUGUUGAUUGGCCAACGCGGCUGUCAACUGGUGCGGCUGCACGUUACGCGAAGAACAACAUGGCUGCUGUUGUGGAGCGUGGUACUGUUGCAAACAACACUCAAGCAGACCCAAUGUCCUUGAAGAAAGCUGUGUCUGCGGCGUCGCCGCUCACCCUGAGAAUAGUUGCUGAAUGCUCCGUUACGAAGGCAAGAGCUUGUGAUCUCAUAUUGCCUCACAGCGCCGUCAGCACGCCGGUUUUCAUGCCUGUCGGUACUCAGGGAACUCUGAAGGGGAUCACCGUGGAUCAGCUGGAGGGGCUUGGGUGUCAGAUUUGUCUUGGGAACACAUAUCACCUGGGAAUGAGGCCGGGACCUGAGUUGAUCACCAAAGCCAAUGGUUUACAUGGGUUCAUGAACUGGAAGAAAAAUCUUCUAACUGACAGUGGAGGGUUUCAGAUGGUCUCUCUCGUUGAACUCUCAGAGGUCACUGAGGAAGGGGUCAAGUUCAAGUCACCCUAUGAUGGCAAAGAGAUCCACCUCAGUCCCGAGAAAUCCAUCAGCAUACAGAACAGUCUGGGGUCGGACAUCAUGAUGCAGCUGGACGACGUAGUCAGCAGUACUGUGACGGGACCGCGGGUGGAGGAGGCCAUGCACAGAUCCAUUCGCUGGCUGGACCGCUGCAUAGCGGCCAAUGGAAAUCCAGACAAACAGAACCUUUUUGCCAUCAUACAGGGAGGACUGAAUGCAGAGCUGCGCAAGGCUUGUCUAGACGAAAUGACUAAGCGUGAUGUUCCUGGUUUUGCCAUCGGAGGCCUGAGUGGAGGAGAGGAGAAGGACGACUUCUGGCGCAUGGUCACACUGAGCACUGACCACCUACCACGAGAAAAGCCCCGAUACCUCAUGGGUGUGGGGUAUGCCGUCGAUUUGGUUGUGUGCGUCGCUCUGGGAUGCGAUAUGUUCGACUGUGUCUUCCCCACCCGGACUGCGAGGUUUGGCUCUGCUUUGGUGCCUUGGGGAUCUCUCCAGGUUAAACACAAACAGUAUGCCAAGGACUUCCAGCCCAUAGACCCAGAUUGCCAGUGUCCCACCUGCAAAAGACAUAGUCGAGCUUACCUUCAUGCUCUUUUCAAGACAGACACCGCAGCCAUGCAUCACAUCACCAUCCAUAACGUUGCCUACCAGCUCACCCUAAUGCGCUCUGUGAGGCAGAGCAUCAUCGAGGCCCGCUUCCCCGAGUUUAUAAGGACGUUCAUGAAGCGCAUGUUUGAGUCUCCUGACCAGUACCCAUGCUGGGCUGUGGACGCUCUCGCCUCCGUCCAUGUCACCCUGGAAUAGAACACCAGAGAAAUGGGAUGAAUAUCAAGCAGUGACAGUGACAUUUUUUUUUUUUUAAAUAUAUAUAUAUAUAUUUUUUAAAUGACAUUUUUUAUGGACGAUUAUUUUCUACUCUGUGUUUGUAUUUGUGUAAAGGUGCCGUGAUGGCUGUGAGGAAAAUGGCUUUUGAUCUGAAGGGAAAAUAAAGCCUAGUUAGCUUUUACAACAACCUCACAAAUUGUCCUCAGAGCACACAUUAUGAUAAUGUGAGACUGAAUGGGGUCUUAAUGAAAAUUGAAACACAUGAACUAUCUCCUGUGAUAUGCUCAGACAGUUUUUGUUGUUACCAUGGCUACACAGCUUGGCCCACCCACUUGAAAUUAAAUGUUUUUGCCUGGCUGUCGA